UUAACGGCAACGGCACAGGUUCUAGCGGCGAGACUUUCCCUCAACAACGAUAGCGUCGGGAGGAACAGUGUGAGAGCAUGUGAUUUCCCCAGUCACUCAACAUUGAUUUGAUCCUUCUACAAGUUGAUUGGAUAGCUGCAUCCGAGGUCGUGUAUUGGGAGGGAGAGCAAUCACCAUGUACCUGACCUGGCGAAAGGGGGCAUACCUGUUUCCCUGUGAAGCUGAACGCUUGUUUAUCGCCUGUAUCUAAUCGGCAGGUGAGCGCGGCUAUAUCAGUCUCGACCACUACCCGUGUGCAUCCGCUGGUGAGAGUGGCUGCUGACACAACACUGUUGCAGCUCAUACACUGAAGACUGGUGAUACUCCUCAACACGGAGGUGAUCUGGGCAUCUGGCCUAUUGUAAGAAUGACGACAAGUGUGUCCAGCGUGGAGCCAGCGUUUAAUGUGACAGCGUCUCAUUACAACGCCGACAAUGUGACUGACAUGAACAUCACGACAGAACUACCUACUACCACACCGAGCCCAUGGGGUAGGUUUGGGCCUAUCGAGCAGUACGGGGAGUUCUGGGCUGGAUAUUACAUCAAUCUCUACUAUCUGUGGGUCGUGUUUGCUGUGGGAUUCCCAGGAAAUAUUGCAAGCUUUGUGACUGUAUUGCGCAUGCCUCCUCUGACGUCAUCAACGGGAUAUGUUGCAGCUCUGGCGGUCAUGGACAACCUUGGUAUCAUAUGUAAACUGCUAUUUCAUCAAUUGACGCUCCAUGAUGUUCAAAUGGGACCAGGUGGUUGUCAGGCGUUAUACUUCUUUGGUUCCUUCUUCAUCAUGUACGCCAACUGGAUUCUGGUAGCGAUGUCAGUGGAGCGUUUCAUUGCCAUCUGGUUCCCUCUACGCGUCACGACUCUGUGUACCGGCACCAAGUCCAUCAUCCUUAUGGUCAUCAUAGCUUUCGUCAUCAUCAGCGCAGACCUUCAUUUCCUGUGGACGUCUACAGUUGUGGUGGUCGGCAGUAAGGAUGUUCGUUGUAGUUUCAAAGAAGAACACAUGGAAUUUAUUGAGAAAAUCUGGUACUGGAUCGAUGGUUGUCUGUAUGCUAUCAUCCCCUGCAUCCUUCUCGUCAUGUUUAAUGGACUUAUCAUCCUUGGCAUCAGGAAGUCACGUAAAAUCCAGAAAGAUCUGACAAACAACAAAAGUGACCAGAUGGCUGAGAAGUAUCGCCAACAACGCCAGAUCACUAUCAUGCUUAUCGUCGUCUCUGUUGUGUUUGUUCUGCUGGUGUUACCAAACUGUAUCUUCUACAUCGCCAAACCCUACUGGGUUGUGGAAGCAGGAUCGCAUGGCCAGGCUGUUAAUUACCUGGUCAACCAGUUGAUAUUUCUGCUGUCGGAUUUCAAUCAUGCUAUCAAUUUCUACUUGUACUUUCUCACAGCCCGGCGCUUCAGACGGCGCUUCACUGACACCUUGUGUUGCCAAACAUCGGGUCGCAAGCCUUUUACAAGCAUCAUGCGUACAGCCAACUCCAACAUAUCCAACACGUCGAUAUAUACGACUCAAACAUCAAUGAAUGGAUUUGCGAGGGAGAGCGGCAACAACAACUCUAAGAAAUACCACACAACUAGUACAUGAGUGAGAGGCUGAGUGAUUUCGCCACUUUGUUUAGUGUUCCAGUUGUAUGACGGCGUGUGUUGCAAGUCUCCGACGUUUACCACAACCGUGAGCCAACGAGCAUGGGAUACGGGAUUAUGGUGCUGACAAACCUGAUCAACGUAAACGGGCUAACCGGGAUUCGAACCCACAAUCAUAAGGUACAUGUUUGUCUAAGGGACGCUAUUCUGCACAGCGAAUUACGGCGGGUUAGACGACAGCCUCGCCCCUACUACAUGAACGACAUUCUAUA